GAUCUAAGAAAAGACUGUCAGAUUUCAUAAUUAAGAGAUCAUUGGUAACUUUGGAGAGAGCAGUUUAAACUGAGUGAUGGGAUCAGAAGACAGAUUGCAUAGGGCUGAGGAAUAAGAAAUGAAGUAGAGACAAUGAGUGGUAGCUUCUCAGAGUUUGGCUGAGAAAAUAUUUAUAUUAUAUGGAUGAUACUUAAGGAGAAGGAAGGGUCUCAUUAAGUUUUUUGUUGGUUUUUUGUUUUUGUUUUUGUUUUUAAGAAUGAAAAAUAUGUUACAAAGUUAUAGGCAGUAGGCAAUGAACUAGUAGAACCAAUUUAUCUCUCAGCCUUCUUGUCAAAGAUAAAGAUGUUCCAGUUGGUAAGAAUAAAGAUUAGAAGGAAAUCUCCAGAAUGAAAGUUUUCUUACAGACUUCAGAAAAGGAAUGGAGUAUCACGUAGAAGGAAAUUAUUUACAGCAGAGACAACUGGUAACAGGAGAGAUUAGGCCUGAAAAUCCAAGAUUUUUUUCUGAGUUUUUCAACAUCAUUAACACUCUGACAAAAAAUAAUAAAAAUAUUCAUCAGAAUGACUUCUUCAAGAAAAGCAAAAAGAAGACAUAGAAGAGAACGUUCCCAUUGAAAUCAAGUUUCUCAUGAAUUCAAGUGGGUGGAAACCAGCGCAACAAACAGCCAGCGAUUUCCAGUGAGAGGCUGGACAAAGACCCUGGAGCUGGGGCACUCCCCGUCUGGCACCGGAAGGGUAAAGAAAAUCCAAGCUCCCUCCAAGCGACCCAGUUAUGCAAGGGCAACGUGGGCCCCGCCAGAGGCUCUGAGGGUGGGUUGUCCGGAUUGGCAGUGGCUACUGAAGGAGGAGCAGGUGAUGGAUUGGCCGCAAAGGCAGCGGCACCCGCCGCCCUUCUCGUCCCUAAAUUUGCAGCCGCGGUUUCCUGUGACUGGACAUUUUUUGCUCUGCGUCCUGCCCCUCUGAGCCAAGAACUGAGCAGCAGCCGUAGGCGCAGCAAGCAUGGCUCUGGAACGGCCCCAGCAGGGUCUCAACGGGAAGUUUCUUAACGACCUCCCAGAUUCCUCUCCGCUACUGCAAUCUGGCAUCAGCGAGCUCCGUCAGCGAGCUGAAGCGGACGAGGGCCAGAACUGGCCAUUGCCCCUCACAGAUGCUUUCUUGCUGAGGUUUCUCCGCGCCAGGGAUUUUGACCUAGACCUGGCCUGGAAGUUAAUGAAAAACUAUCACAAAUGGAGAAAGGAAUGUCCUGAAAUAACUGCAGAUCUCCGUCCUACAACUAUCCUUGGCCUUUUGAAUUCUGGUUAUCAUGGGGUCCUGAAAUCCAGGGACCCAACUGGAAGCAGAGUUCUUAUUUAUAGAAUUGCACAUUGGGACCCAAAAGUUUUCACAGCUUAUGAUGUAUUUCGUGUAAGUCUUAUCACAUCAGAGCUCAUUGUUAAGGAAGUAGAUACACAACGAAAUGGAAUCAAAGCUAUUUUUGAUCUGGAAGGAUGGAAAUUUUCUCAUGCCUUUCAAAUCAGUCCAUCUGUUUCCAAGAAGAUUGCUGCUGUGCUAACAGACUCUUUUCCCUUAAAAGUUCGUGGUAUCCAUUUGAUAAAUGAGCCUAUAAUCUUCCAUACUGUCUUUUCUCUGAUUAAACCUUUUCUGACUGAAAAAAUUAAGCAACGGAUUCAUAUGCAUGGAAGCAAUUAUAAAGAAAACUUAUCCCAGCAUUUUCCAGAUAUUCUACCCCUAGAGUAUGGUGGUGAAACAUGUUCCAUGGAGGACCUUUGCCAAGAGUGGAGAGAUUUUAUAAUGAACUCUGAAGAUUAUCUUCACAGCAUUUCUCAAGAUGUUCAAUAAUACUGUAUCUUAAGAGGCUUUACUAAUUCGAAUCCUGGGGAAUUUCUCCAUGGUAAUUAUGUGGAAUAAUAAUUUCUACCAAAACCAA